GUGGCUGGUCGGCCAGCAUCUUCCGGGUGGGAGAAAGGGUCCGCUCUUACCGGCGGCGCAACCUCGAAGGCCUGCUGCUAGAGAUGCUCUUCCUCUCGUUUCAUGCAGGCUCUUGGGAAAGCUGGUGCUGCUGCUGCUGCUGUGUGAUUCCCGCGGACAGACCUUGGGACCGGGGCCGGCGCUGGCAGCUGGAGAUGGCGGACACACGAUCUGUGUAUGAAACCAGGUUUGAGGCGGCUGUGAAGGUGAUUCAAAGUUUGCCGAAAAAUGGAUCAUUCCAACCAACAAAUGAAAUGAUGCUUAAGUUCUAUAGCUUCUACAAACAGGCAACUGAAGGACCCUGUAAACUUUCAAGGCCUGGAUUCUGGGAUCCUAUUGGAAGAUAUAAAUGGGAUGCUUGGAGUUCGCUGGGUGAUAUGACUAAAGAAGAAGCCAUGAUUGCAUAUGUUGAAGAAAUGAAAAAGAUUAUUGAAACUAUGCCCAUGACUGAGAAAGUGGAAGAGUUGCUGCAUGUUAUAGGUCCAUUUUAUGAGAUUGUAGAAGACAAAAAGAGCAGCCCAAGUUCUGACUUGACCUCAGAUCUUGGUAAUGUUCUGACCUCUUCAAAUGCCAAAGCUGUUAAUGGUAAAGCGGAGAGCAGUGAUAGUGGGGCUGAGUCUGAGGAAGAAGAGGCCCAAGAAGAGUUAAAAGGAGCAGAAAAAAGUGGCAGUGAUGAUAAGAAAAUGAUGAAGAAAUCAACAGAUAAGAAUUUGGAAAUCAUUGUUACCAAUGGCUAUAAAGAUAGCUUUGCUCAGGAUAUACACAGUGACAUUCAUACCGAUUCUUCCCGGAGUACCAGAAACAGUGAAGAUGAGAAGCCUGGAGAACAGAGCUUGCAGCGGACUGCAAACACUGCUGUCUCUGUUCACCAAGAUACAAAUGAAGAUCCCAGUGAAGAUGCUUCGGGAAUACAUCAUUUGACAAGUGAUUCAGAUAGUGAAGUAUACUGUGAUUCUAUGGAGCAAUUUGGACAAGAAGAGUAUUACUUAGGUGGUGAUCCUACUCAGCACUUGGAAAGUUCUGGUUUUUGUGAAGAUGCUCAACAAUCUCCUGGAAAUGGAAGCAUUGGGAAAGUGCAGAUGGUAGCAGUCAAGGGAAAAGGCGAAGUGAAGCACGGAGGAGAGGAUGGCAGAAGUAGCAGUGGAGCACCGCACCGUGAGAAGAGAGGCGGAGAGAGUGAAGACUUCUCCAGUGUCAGGAGAGGAAGAGUAGGACAUAGAAUGCCACAUUUGAGUGAAGGAACCAAGGGUCGGCAAGUCGGAAGUGGCGGUGAUGGAGAACGCUGGGGCUCAGACCGAGGGGCCAGAGGCAGCCUCAACGAGCAGAUCGCUCUUGUGCUCAUUAGAUUGCAGGAAGACAUGCAGAAUGUCCUUCAGAGACUUCAUAAACUGGAAACACUAAGCGCUUCGCAGGCGAAAUUAUCAUUGCAGACAACUAAUCAACCCUCCUCACAGAGACCAUCUUGGUGGCCCUUUGAGAUGUCCCCUGGUGCAUUAGCGUUUGCUAUUAUAUGGCCAUUUGUUGCUCAGUGGUUGGUGCAUUUGUAUUAUCAAAGAAGGAGAAGAAAACUAAAUUGAAGAAAUGGCCUUUUAUUCAAGAAGACUGCUGGGCCUGAAAGAGAUGGAUUGGAAAUGAAGUGGAGUUCACAAGAAAAUCUCAGUCUGAUGAUUACAUUUCUUUUUUGUCCAGUAGUUUGGUUUAUAUAAAUAUUCUUUGCACUACAAAAUGGUAACAUUUUAAAGACUAAUAUUGCUGAUACUUGAAAAAUCAAUCUCAACUAGGUUUUAAGUAGCAUCCAUAGACUUACUCUUUUUGAGCUUGAAGGACUUGAAGUUAUUAAUUAUUGUUUAGUAACUAUCACCUGAUUUUCUCCCAUAAGAAUUAUGAGCUGCAUUUCUAAGGCAUAGCUACAAUUAUGAGAUAAAAUUUAUACUUUUUACUUUUCUAAAUUAAACACAAGAAAGAAUGCAAAAACAAGAGUGGCUUUUAAAUGAGGUUAAAUCAAUUUUGUAUCAGUCCCUGAACUGUCAGCUAUGUAGCAGAAAACUGAUGGAAGAAUCCUCUCCAUUCUUUGUGGUCUGCACGUAAGACUGGGCUUUAUUUAGUGGCUUGAUUUCCCUGGUUUGCUCAGGGGAACUCAGAGAAUCAUCGUCCGUGGAUUGUGCUUACUAUUUACAAAUGAUUCACUGAACAGACUUAACUUGAUGAUGGAAAUGAUGAAGAAUAGGCCUAAUGUAGGUGUGAAAGUGUAUUCCAACUUUAGAGAUGGUUUAUCAUAUUUUAAUUCAACCAUAUACACUUAGUCCUUUGUAACCAUUUUUCUUUAAUUGAGGAUAUCUACUGUCUGCUUCAUAGGGUGCUUUGCAAUAAAAUGAAAACUUAAUUUAUACCUUUUUUACUAAGCUAACAAACGCAUGAAAAUCCUUUUUUCCUGCAAGGGGUAAAUGACAGCCUGGAUUCUUAACCUCUUAGUGCCUCAGUUUUCCUUUGGGGUAUACUUCACAAGGUAUCAGAAGUACAGUAUUUUCAGUCUACAGGUCUCUAUGUCCACAUAAUUAAGGAAUGCCUAAAUAAUGGAAACUUCUAGCCAUUAGAACAAAAGGAAGAUUAAUUUAGAUCCUGCAAGACUGUAUUUGAAAAAUAAUCUUCCUUGCAUACUUUCCCAAACUUGUGCUCAGUAAUAUACUUUAUUAUGCUUUGAAUAUUUAAUUUAAAAACUUUAUAGCAGAUCCUUUUCUGCUUUUCCUUUUGAGACAGAGGCUUGGUAGCUCAUGCUACCCUCUAGUUCUCUAUGUAGCUAAAGAUGACCUUGAACACCCAAUUUUCCUGUCUCUACUUUUCAGUUUCUGG